AUGAGUAUGGAAGAAAACAACAAUGCAACACCAUUAGGGGAACAAACAACUUUCGUUGCCCCGUCAUCAAAUGUUCGACUGAAGACAGACGUGGCUUGGAGAUAUGUUAAUGAAUUACAAGAUGAACAUGGAAGGAAAUCAUACUUCUGCACAUUUUGUCAAAAAACUUUUCAUGGUGGAGGUAUUAACAGAAUGAAACAACACCUUGCGGGAGUAAAAGGUAAUGUUUGUGCAUGUCCGAAGGUACUGGGGGAUGUCAAAGUUCCUAUGCAAGGUAAUUUGGAGGAUAAUAAUAUAAAAGCAAAGGAGAAGCGCGGUUGUUCUUCGGGAAUACGUAUUAAUUUGGAUGAAGAUGAAGAAGUACAAACACAAACAACUAAAACGAGCAAGAGGAAAGCUUCUUCAAACUUGCAAUCAUUCUUUAAACGAGGUAUAAAUGAUCUUUCUCAACCUUCGAUUAAAUCUUCUAUGCAAAGUAAAGAGAGAUCACAUGAUACGAAUAUGGCUCUUGCUUUGUGGUUUUACGAUGCUUGUAUUCAUAUGAAUGCUGUGAAUUCUCCACUUUUUCCAAUUGCUAUGAGUAAGAUAGUUAGCAUGAGGCAUGGUGUAACAUCCUCAAUACCGGAUGCAAAACAAUCGGUGCACCUUAUUGUUGAGUCUUAUCGAAAAAAUUGGUCAGAAAUGGGUUGCACAAUUAUGAGUGAUGGGUGGAGGGAUACUAGGCAUAGACCACUUAUCAAUUUUCUAGUUUAUUGCUCAAAAGGAAUAUCUUUUAUCAAAUCUGUGGAUGCAUCUGAUAUUGAAAGUAAUGCACAAACGUUGUGCAACUUGUUUUCUGAAAUAGUUGAAAUAGUUGGUCCUAAGAAUGUUGUUCACAUGGUUACUGAUAAUGCUGCUAACUACAAAGCUGCUGGAAAAUUGUUAUGUGAGAAAUAUCCUUCUGUUUGUUGGUCUCCUUGUGCUGCGCAUUGUAUAAACCUGAUUAUGAAGGAUAUAGGGGAGCUGUCACAUAUUGAUAGCUUAAUUACUCUUGCUUCAAGGGUUAAUGUUUUUAUUUAUAACCACAAGUGGUCGUUGAAUUGGUUGAGAAAAAGACUUGGGUGGACAGAAAUCAUUUGUCCUGGUGCCACUCAUUUUGGUACCACAUUUAUUGCAUUAAAGAGCUUACAUGACCAUAAAAAUGAUUUACAAGCUAUGGUCAACUCUAUUGAUUUUAAGAAAGUCAUAAAAUUGCCAAAAGCCAUGGAAGUUAAUCUUAUAAUUCUAGAUGAAACUUUUUGGAAGAAUUGCUUGAUCUCGGUGAAUGUGAUGGCUCCAUUGUUGAGACUUCUGCGUGUUUGUGACUCGGAUGAGAAACCUUUUUUGGGCUAG